AUGGAUUACGAAAAUGAUCCCGGAUGGCAGUAUUUGCGACGAUCACGAGAGCAAGUGAUGCAGGAUCAAAGCAAAGCGUAUGAUUCAAAGAAAAAUUGCUGGGUGCCGGAUCCAGAAGAAGGCUACGUUGAGGCGAUCAUUACCAAAAGUUCGGGCGAUAGUGUAACCGUAACCAUAGGCCAAGGCAAUGAGAAAACCUUCAAAAAAGAGAUGAUCCAAGAGAUGAAUCCACCAAAAUUCGAAAAAACUGAGGAUAUGUCAAAUUUGACAUUCCUUAACGACGCUUCUGUGCUACACAAUCUUCGCUCUAGAUAUUCUUCUAUGCUUAUUUAUACUUAUUCCGGACUUUUCUGUGUGGUGAUCAAUCCCUACAAGCGGCUACCGAUUUACACGGAUUCCGUCGCUGCAAUGUUUAUGGGAAAACGAAGGACGGAAAUGCCACCACAUUUGUUUGCUGUAUCCGAUGAAGCGUAUCGUAAUAUGCUUAUUAAUAAAGAGAAUCAAUCCAUGCUUAUCACUGGUGAAUCUGGAGCUGGAAAGACGGAAAACACAAAGAAGGUAAUUGCUUAUUUCGCCGCCGUUGGUGCAUCACAACAAGAGCAAUUCGGCAAAAAAGAGGAAACCACGACGAAAAAGGUCACCCUGGAAGAUCAAAUCGUUCAAACCAAUCCUGUUCUGGAAGCUUUUGGAAAUGCGAAGACGGUGCGAAACAACAACUCGUCCCGAUUCGGAAAAUUCAUUCGAAUCCAUUUCUCCAACAAAGGACGAGUCGCCUCUUGUGAUAUCGAGCAUUAUCUUCUCGAAAAAUCACGUGUGAUCCGUCAAGCACCCGGUGAGCGUUGCUAUCACAUCUUCUAUCAAGUAUUUUCUGGACAUCUGCCAAAUCUGACGAAGGAACUGUUACUCGACAAACCGGUCAAAGAUUACUACUUUGUCGCUCAGGCUGAGCUGAAAAUCGAUGGAGUCAACGACAAGGAAGAAUUCCAAUUGACCGAUGAGGCUUUCGACAUUCUGAAGUUCAGCAACGAAGAGAAAAUGAACUGUUAUAAACUUGUAUCCGCUAUGAUGCAUAUGGGUAACAUGAAAUUCAAGCAACGUCCACGUGAGGAACAGGCUGAACCGGAUGGAACCGAAGAAGCCGAACUUGCGGCCACAAUGUACGGUAUUGAUCCUGAGGAAUUCCUGAAAGCCCUGACACGUCCACGUGUUAAAGUUGGAAAUGAAUGGGUCAACAAAGGACAAAAUCUCGAGCAGGUGAACUGGGGUACCGGCGCUAUGGCUAAAGGUCUUUAUUCACGUAUUUUCAAUUGGUUAGUGAAGAAAUGUAAUCAAACACUUGAUCAAAAGGGAAUAUCUCGUGAUUUCUUCAUUGGUGUACUCGAUAUUGCUGGAUUCGAAAUCUUUGACUUCAACUCUUUCGAGCAGUUAUGGAUUAACUUUGUGAAUGAGAAACUGCAACAAUUCUUCAAUCAUCACAUGUUUGUGUUGGAACAGGAAGAAUACGCUCGUGAGGGUAUCCAGUGGACAUUUAUCGAUUUCGGUUUGGAUUUACAAGCUUGUAUCGAGCUGAUUGAAAAGCCUCUCGGUAUUAUUUCAAUGUUGGACGAAGAAUGUAUUGUGCCAAAGGCAACAGACGCUACUCUUGCUCAAAAACUGAUCGAACAACAUCUUGGCAAACAUCCAAACUUUGAAAAACCAAAACCACCAAAGGGAAAACAGGCUGAAGCUCAUUUUGCUAUGAGACAUUAUGCUGGUACCGUACGAUAUAAUGUAACAAAUUGGCUUGAGAAGAAUAAGGAUCCUCUUAACGAUACCGUUGUACAAGUAAUGAAACAAUCGAAAAAGAAUACGCUAUUGGUUGAAGUCUGGCAGGAUUACACGACUCAAGAAGAAGCUGCCGCUGCUACGAAAGGUGGUGAACGAAAGAAAGGAAAAUCCGGUUCAUUCAUGACCGUAUCCAUGUUGUAUCGUGAAUCGUUGAAUAAUCUGAUGAAUAUGUUGAACAAAACACAUCCACAUUUCAUUCGUUGUAUUAUUCCUAACGAGAAGAAACAGUCAGGAGUUAUCGAUGCCGGUUUGGUGCUGAAUCAGCUAACUUGUAACGGUGUGCUUGAAGGUAUUCGUAUCUGUCGUAAAGGUUUCCCUAAUCGUACGCUCCAUCCUGAUUUCGUGCAACGAUAUGCUAUAUUGGCCGCUGAUGAGGCUCUUAUCGGAAAAGAAGAUCCUAAGCAAGGAGCCACAGCAAUGUUGGAUCGACUCGUAAAAGAGAAGAAACUUAUGGAAGACAAUUUCCGCGUUGGUAUCACCAAAGUCUUCUUCAAGGCGGGUAUUGUCGCACAUCUUGAAGAUCAACGUGAUGUCCGCCUUGCUGAGCUUAUCACAGGAUUCCAGGCUCAGAUCAGAUGGUUCUAUAGGCUGAUCGACAAGAAACGACGAGUUGAACAAGUUGAGGCUACGAAAGUUCUGCAGAGAAAUGUCCGCAAUUGGGCUAUGCUACGUACAUGGUCAUGGUUCAAACUAUAUGGCAAAGUCAAGCCACUUAUCCAAUCUGGUAAGAUCGAGGAACAGUAUGAGAAAUUGCAAGAAACCGUUUCUGCGCUGAAAGACUCGUUGCAACAACAAGAGGAGAUGAAAUUGGCGAUUGAGGCGAAUGCGGAACGAGUUCAGAAGGAGAUCUCAGAACUGUUGACUCAGUUGGAGGCAACUCGUGGAAGUAACACGGAAAUCGAAGAGCGCAUGACGAUGAUGAACGAACAAAAAAGUACACUCGAAGGAAAGGUGGCCGAAGCGAGUGCUAAACUUGAAGCCGAGGAAGCAGCUGCAGCUGAGUUGACGAAGGAGAAGAAACGAUAUGAAGCCGAAUGUGCAGAGCUUAAAAAGAGUUGUCAGGAUGUGGAACUCACAUUGCGUAAGAGUGAAGCCGAGAAACAGGCGAAGGAGCAUCAAAUCCGUUCACUUCAAGAUGAAAUGCAUCAACAGGAUGAGGCUAUUGCUAAGCUGCAUAAGGAACGUAAAAAUCAGGAAGAGUCGAAUAAGAAACUAACCGAAGACUUCCGUGCUGCCGAAGAACAGAAUAUGGCCUCGAAUAAGCUCAAGGCAAAACUUAUGCAAACUCUUGAAGAUUCAGAAGCUACACUUGAACGCGAGAAGAGAAACCGCGCUGAUAUGGAUAAGGCAAGAAGAAAGGCAGAAGGUGACUUGAAAAUCGCUCAAGAAGAAUUGGACGAACUGUCCAAAGCGAAGAGUGAUGUGGAGAAUAGCCUUCGACGUAAAGAAACCGAAUUACACAAUCUUAGCAUGAAACUUGAGGAUGAACAAGGUGCGGUUGCAAAGCUCCAGAAAUCAAUCCAGCAAGAUGAAGCGAAGAUGAAGGACAUGAACGAUCAACUAGCCGACGAGAAGGAAGCUCGUCAACGUGCCGACAGGGCCCGAUCCGAACAACAAGCCGAGUUUGAUGACCUUACCGAUCAGCUUGACGAGCAUGCACGUGCCACAGCUGCUCAAAUUGAGCUGGGCAAGAAGAAGGACACUGAGGUCGCAAAACUGCGUCGGGACCUCGAAGAAGCUGGACUUAAAUUCGGCGAACAGCUUACUACAUUGAAAAAGAAGGGAGCCGAUGCCGUACAAGAAUUGUCGGACCAGGUUGAACAACUACAGAAACAGAAGAUAAAGGCGGAAAAAGAGAAGGCACAAAUGCAACGUGAAUUCGAUGAAGCCUCCAACGCCCUCGAUCAGGAGGCUAAAGGACGUGCUGAACAGGAACGUAUUGCUAAGCAACAUGAGGUGCUGCUUCUCGAACUACGCCUUAAAUGUGACGAACAAACGCGUCAGCUACAAGAUUUCGUUUCGGGUAAGUCCCGUCUCAAUUCCGAGAACGCGGACCUUGCUCGUCAAGUUGAAGAGCUUGAGGGUAAGAUCCAAGCCGCAACACGUCUGAAGAUACAAUUCUCAAACGAACUGGAUCAAACUCGCCGAACAGCUGAGGAGGAAAGUCGCGAACGACAAAAUCUUAACAAUCUGUCGAAGAAUCUUACUCGUGAACUCGAACAAUUACGUGAAUCGAUCGAAGAUGAAGUGGCCGGAAAAGCGGAAUCGAAUCGUCAACUGCAGAAGGCUCAGCUGGAAUUGGAUCAAUGGAGAACCAAAUUCGAGACCGAGGGACUCAUUGGUGCCGAAGAAUUCGACGAAGUGAAGAAACGUCAAAAUUCGAAGACUAGCGAUCUUCAAGAUGCGCUGGAUGCUAGCCACGCCAAGAUUGUCGCCUUGGAAAAUGCACGCAGCCGUUUGACAGCUGAAGCUGACACUAAUCGCCUUGAAGCAGAACAUCACGCUCAAGUUGUUGCUUCUCUUGAAAAGAAACAGAAAGCAUUCGACAAGGUUAUCGAUGAAUGGAAAAAGAAGGUGGACGAACUAUAUCUGGAGCUUGACUCUGCACAGCGUGAUUCACGCCAACUUUCUGGAGAAGCUCAUAAACUCCGCGGCCACCACGAUGCUCUUGUCGACCAAGUAGAAGGAUUAAAACGAGAAAAUGCGUCGCUUGCCGCUGAGGCCAAAGAUCUAACCGAACAACUAGGCGAAGGUGGUCGAGCAGCGCACCAGCUUUCCAAAAAUCUACGCCGAUACGAAAUGGAGAAGGACGAACUGCAACGCGGUCUUGACGAGGCCGAGGCUUCCCUUGAAGCUGAGGAGAGCAAAUCGCUCAGAUGCCAGAUUGAAGUAGCACAAAUUCGUGCCGAAAUUGAAAAACGUAUCGCCGAAAAAGAAGAAGAGUUUGAGAACUCACGUAAGGUUCACCAACAAACAAUUGAUAGCAUCCAGGCCACUUUGGAAUCGGAAGCUAAAGCGAAAUCCGAGCUAUUCCGUGUGAAAAAGAAGCUCGAAGCUGAUAUUAACGAACUCGAAAUCGCUCUCGAUCAUGCGAAUCGUGCUAAUGAAGAUGCGCAGAAGAAUGUCAAGAGAUACAUGGAUCAGAUGAGGGAAUUACAGCAGACGAUCGAUGAAGAACAGAAAAGACGCGAGGAAUUCAGGGAGCUUCUGUUAACAUCUGAACGCAAACUCGCAGCUGCCAAACAAGAGCAAGAAGAGCUAGUUGUGAAACUCGAAGCUAUCGAACGUGCUCGUCACGUAGUCGCACAGUCCGUUAAAGAGCUACAAGAACAAAACAACGAACUCAAUUCUCAGAAUGUUGGUCUGGCUACCGUGAAAAGUCAGCUGGACAACGAGAUGACGCUUCUCAAGAGCGACAUCGCUGAGGCUCAAAUGGAACUAACAGCGUCGGAAGACAGAGGACGACGUGCAGCUGCUGAUGCCGCCAAGAUGGCCGAAGAACUACGAAACGAACAAGAGCGUUCACUACAAUUCGAACGAGCGAAAAAACAACUCGAAAGCCAAGUUAAGGAUAUGCAAGAACGAGCAGAUGCAGCUGAGGCUGCGGUGAUGAAAGGUGGCGCUAAGGCGAUAAUGAAAGCAGAAACACGUCUGAAGACGCUACAGACCAACCUUGAAGGAGAAACACGCCGUGCUACAGAAGCAGCCAAGUCUUUGGCAAGAGCCGAUCGUAGAGUUCGAGAACUCGAAUUCCAGGUGGCUGAGGAUAAGAAGAACUAUGACAAACUUCAAGAAUUGGUGGAGAAACUAACACUGAAGCUGAAGGGUCAGAAAAAGCAACUUGACGAAGCGGAGGAGCAAGCAAACAGUCAUUUGUCGAAAUAUCGUACCGUGCAGAUGGCGCUGGAGACGGCUGAAGAACGAGCUGAUUCCGCCGAACAAUGUCUCGUCCGUAUUAGAUCACGUACUCGUGUAGUCCCUGAACAGAAGCAGAAGAACGGACAAUGA